UAAAAUAACUAAUUAAUAAUUAAUAAUAAUGACACAAAACGGUCGCGGCUAUGAGAUCCUGGACCUGGCCUACAGGUUUCACGAGUUUCGCCAUCUAAACUAUAAGCUACAGGUGCUUAAAAAUAGUACAUUUGAUCCGACCAGUCAGGACUAUUUAACCAGUUUGGCCGUAUUUGCCGGUAUACCUAUUGUAGUGCUUAUCAUAAUUUUGGUCAUCUAUUUGCUGAUGACUUGUAUAUCAUGUUGUUGUUGUUCAAACAAAAAGCGUGAAACUAUACCAAUACAAUACAAAGUAGUUGUCUUUCUUUUCGGCCUAAUAUGUGGUCUGAGUUUUAUCAGCGGUCUGUACGGCGAUUGGAAACUGUACGACGCUGUCAAAGGUGUCCGCGACAGUACUGACGAUGCCGUCAAAUGGUUCGAUGAAGUCGGCGAUAAUACCAAAGAGUUGACCAGAGCACUGGACGUUUCGGCAACUAUUGUUAGUUUAGAGAAUAGUAUCGAUUUGAUAGCCGAUAAAACCGGUGUCGAAGCUAUCAGGACCUAUAAAACCAAUUGCCAGACAAUCAGAUCUAAUGUAGCGUCGAGUAGAGCACAGGUAUCGGCGGCCAGUGAAUCGAUAGACAAAGCAAAUGUCGACUUUAUUCCCAAAGCACUGGACACAUACGGCCGUAUAUUCAUCAUUGUCGUACUGGCCAUACUGUUGUCACUGGCCAUUGUCGGCCUGCUCUACGUAUUUAGCAUAUGUUGUUCCCGAUGUCUGUUAAGUUGUCUAACAGUUUUGGCAGUCAUAGCACUGAUACUUUGCUCGCUACUGGUCUCCGCAUCGCUAGUUUCGGCAGUCGGUGUAUCCGAUUUCUGUAUAGACGCCAAACCGUGGAUCAGAUCCCAGAUGAACAACGAACUGGUCAACGACUAUCUAAUUGAAUGUGUCGGCGAAAAUAAAGUGGACAAAGAUUUGGCCAAAGCUCGACUACAGUUGGACAAAGCUGAACAGGAAAUGAGUCAACUGUCCACUCAACUCAACACUGCCGUCCAGACGGCCUGCAAGACUGGCGGACCAGUAGAUUGCGGUACAACACCGGCCGAUUUGGAUAGGGAUCUGAAAAAGCUGGACAAUCAGAUUGGUAUAAUAAAACAAUUGAUGACAAAUUUUGAUCAGUUGGCCAAAUGCGAGCGUCUGAACGGCGAUCUUAAUGGUGCGCUCAACAGUGUCUGUACCGAUGCUGUCAAAGGUGUGGCCUUUAUAUUAAUCAAUACAGUGGUCGCAGCCUUUUGUUUUGCAUUGUUAUCAUUUGUCGGCACGUGUGCUCUCAAUUAGCGGGAGGAGGGACUCAAUUGGUGAUGACUCGGGGUUUUCGGUUUAAUUACAUAUUUUUGAAUUUAAUAAAAAUUAUUUAUUAUGUUUUUUAAUUACAUAUUUUUAUUUAUUGUAUUU